CUUUUCUUAGUCCUUCAGUGACUCUACAAACCUAUUUUCUGAGGAGCUCAGCUUGGCCUUACUUCAGUGAUAACGGAGGAGAGGCUGGCUGCUACAAACGUUAUUGAAGAUGUCCAGCAAAGGGAGCAGCACAGAUGGCAAAACAGACUUGGCUAAUGGAAGCUUGUCCAGCAGUCCAGAGGAGAUGUCUGGAGCUGAGGAGGGGAGAGAGACAUCCUCAGGCAUUGAAGUGGAAGCCUCAGACCUGAGCUUAAGUUUGACCGGUGAUGAUGGUGGCCCUAAUCGCACUAGCACAGAAAGUCGAGGCACAGAUACAGAGAGCUCAGGUGAAGACAAAGACUCUGACAGCAUGGAGGACACUGGCCAUUACUCCAUCAAUGAUGAAAACCGAGUCCAUGAUGGCUCAGAGGAAGAAGAAGAGGAGGAGGAGGAGGAGGAAGAAGAGCAGCCUCGACGCCGUGUACAGCGCAAGCGGGCCAACCAUGAACAGGACUCAUCAGAUGAUGAGCGGGCCCUGGAAGACUGGGUAUCUUCAGAGACAACAGCUCUGCCCCGACCUCGCUGGCAAGCCCUUCCUGCCCUUCGGGAGCGGGAGCUGGGUUCAAGUGCUCGCUUUGUAUAUGAGGCCUGUGGGGCAAGAGUGUUUGUGCAGCGUUUCCGCCUGCAGCAUGGGCUUGAGGGCCAUACCGGUUGUGUCAACACCUUGCACUUUAACCAGCGUGGUACCUGGCUUGCCAGUGGCAGUGAUGAUCUGAAGGUGGUGGUGUGGGACUGGGUGCGGCGGCAGCCAGUACUGGACUUUGAGAGUGGCCAUAAAAGUAAUGUCUUCCAGGCCAAGUUCCUUCCUAACAGUGGUGAUUCCACCCUGGCCAUGUGUGCCCGUGAUGGGCAGGUGCGGGUAGCAGAACUGUCUGCCACACAGUGCUGCAAGAAUACCAAGCGUGUGGCUCAACAUAAGGGAGCCUCCCACAAGUUGGCGCUGGAGCCAGACUCUCCUUGUACGUUCCUAUCUGCAGGUGAAGAUGCAGUUGUCUUCACCAUUGACCUUAGACAAGACCGGCCAGCUUCGAAACUGGUAGUGACAAAAGAGAAGGAGAAGAAAGUGGGGCUGUAUACAAUCUAUGUGAAUCCGGCCAAUACCCACCAGUUUGCAGUGGGCGGACGAGAUCAGUUUGUAAGGAUUUAUGACCAGAGGAAAAUAGAUGAGAAUGAGAACAAUGGAGUGCUCAAGAAAUUCUGUCCUCAUCACCUGGUGAACAGUGAGUCCAAAGCAAACAUCACCUGUCUUGUGUACAGCCACGACGGCACAGAGCUCCUGGCCAGUUACAAUGAUGAAGACAUUUACCUCUUCAACUCCUCUCACAGCGAUGGGGCCCAGUAUGUUAAGAGAUAUAAAGGCCAUAGAAAUAAUGCCACAGUAAAAGGUGUCAAUUUCUAUGGCCCCAAGAGUGAGUUUGUGGUGAGCGGUAGUGACUGCGGGCACAUCUUCCUCUGGGAGAAAUCAUCCUGCCAGAUCAUUCAGUUCAUGGAGGGGGACAAGGGAGGCGUGGUAAACUGUCUUGAGCCCCACCCUCACCUGCCUGUGCUGGCAACCAGUGGCUUAGACCAUGAUGUCAAGAUCUGGGCACCCACAGCUGAAGCUUCCACUGAGCUUACAGGGUUAAAGGAUGUUAUUAAGAAGAACAAGCGGGAGCGGGAUGAAGAUAGCUUGCACCACACUGACCUGUUUGAUAGCCAUAUGCUCUGGUUCCUCAUGCAUCACCUAAGACAGAGACGCCAUCACCGGCGCUGGCGAGAACCUGGGGUUGGGGCCACAGAUGCAGACUCCGAUGAGUCUCCCAGCUCCUCAGACACAUCGGACGAGGAGGAGGGCCCCGACCGAGUGCAGUGCAUGCCGUCCUGAGGCCUCACACCAGAAGGGAUGGGCUGGGGCUGCCAACCCGAUCCUGCCUGGGCAGCUCUUUUUUGUCCCAGGCCUUUACAUUCAGCAGAAAUGCACUUUGGACUUUUUGCUUUAGAUAAAAGACAUCCCAGGAAAAGGACAAACCAGAAGGGAAUGAACCAUUAACAGAGAGUACCUAGGAGUGGGAGUUGACCGCUGAAUUGGGUUCCAUGGAAAGGUGCAUAGGACUCAGCAAAAAUGAUGACGUCCUCCUGAAGCUUUUUUGGGAGAGGAGUCUGUUUUGUUAACUGGUUUGGGGUAGGGAUUGGAGUUUCUUUUCCUUUAAUCUCCCUUGUUUCUUGGGAAGGAGGCAGAGGGACAAAUGACUGAUCAGUACCAAGGGGCCGGAGUGAGGGGUAGGAGUGCCACUCUCUCUCUUUGCUUUAGGUUUUGACCCUUUAUUCCUUUAUUAUUUUUUUAAAGUCUAAGACAGUUUCAUUGUUUUUCCCCUGAGCAACCCCAUCCCAGCGUCCUGUUUUUCUGGGAAGUCCUUAGAGCCCCUAACCAUCCCACACUCUUCACUUUUCCUUUCCACCUCAUUCAUUGUCUGUACUUAUCACAGUGUUUUGCACUUGAUUAUGUAUCCUUCACUCUCUUCUCUUCAUCCCAUCAUCCCCCAAACCAGUCUGGUGAUGGAGGUUGGGGGAAGGUGGGAAGAGGGGUAGAGGUAGAGGAAGAAUAGGAAAGAUGUUACAUCUUUUGUUAACUUAAAAACAAAAGUCUGUGUGGUGGCAGCAAUCUCCCUGUCCCUAUCACUGUUAGAGGCCUAAUUUUUUUUAUCUAUAAAUAUAUUAAAAAGCAAGUCAAACUUGGAUAUAUCAAGUUAAAGUUAUUGUCAAAGUUUAAAUACUUAUAUAUUCUCUAUGAAUGCAAUAAAGGGACUUAAAGAGAGAGUUGAGCAAGAGUAAUAAUGUGGAGGUAACAUUUGGGGUCAGCCUGCCCUCUAGUAUGGCCACUGAAGAUUGGGCUUACUCUUUAGGUUUCAGGAGGCUGGAAAAUGGAAGAAUCUUCAUUUCUGCCCUUCCUUCCUUCUCCUGCCUUGGUUUUAGAGAUUGGGGAAAAAAGGAGAGUCCUCUCAACUCUUCACAUCAGAUCUCCUACCUCUCCUUAAGUCUUGUGGGGGUUCCCAAGAAGCCUCUUCUUCCCAGAAGUUGGUCCAUCUUUGAAACUUGGCUGAACUAUGACUUCAGGAAGGGUGCCACCACUGCAGACCAUCUCUUAGUAUGUGUGUUAGAAGAGACCCACACAC